GAGGGAGAGUGGAGAGAAGAUGAUGAUGAUGAUGAUGAUGAUGAGAAUGACAACAAUGAGAAUAUACUCUUCCUGGUCUGCAAUUAUGGCCCUGGUGGAAAUUUUGAGGGAGAGAAGCCAUACCAGACUGGUAGUGAAGCCUGCACUUCCUGCCCCAGCGAACGGCUCUACUGUGUCAACAACCUUUGCUCAUGUACGACUAGACACUUUUUUUAAAUUCACAACUGAAUGUUCCCUUCCAAACUCUCUCUCUCUCUCUCACACACACACACACACACACUCUCUCUCUCGCUCUACAGUUGAGUCAGGA